UUAUUUAUAAUUUUAUUGUUAUUAGUUUUAGAACUGAAAUGAUUUUUGAGCUCAGGUAUUAUUGAAUAUGAAAAAAUUGAAUUCUAUAAACUACCGUCAUAAAGAAAAGUUUAUAUUAAAUUAUAAAUAUCCAAGUAUAUCAAAAUAAAUCUUAGUUAAAAACAAUAACACAAUUUUAUCAACUGUGAAGCUGGGUCACAUAUCUUUUAAAAUAAUUAAAUUUAUCCUCCAGCUUUCUGUUAUAUUUGCCAUUAGUAGUUAUGUAUUUUUUUUAAUAAUUAUAAACUGAUAUUAUAUGAUAUUAACUGAUAUAAUAUGUGAUUCCAUCCAUAUAAUAUAUUUUUUGAAAUUAUACAUGUUUUUUUUACUUAAACUUUAAAGAUAAAAUAUAUAUAUACAUAUAUAUAUUUAUACGUUAAUGCUUAUUGGUUUUUUCAUAAGACAUUAAUUAAUAUCCUUACAUUUUCAAAGCUAUGAAAGUAUUAAAAUUUAUUUUUAUUUUUUACAUUAAUUGUUUAACAUUUUGUUAUAAUUUUCUUAGCUUUUCGUUGUUUUUGUUGUUCCCUUAUGCAAAAUUGAUCUAUGAACUUUCUAUCCUAUUAUUAUGACGCUAAAUUAUAUUUAUUAUUUUUAAAUAAUUGAGUUUUAUAGUCUAAGAUCUGUAAUAGUUUAACCUAAGAAUUUUUAAAACUAUUUAACUAAUAUAAACAUGAAAUAUUGUAUUGCAUUAAAUUACUUUUAAAUUAAAUAUUGAUUUACUACAAUAUUUAAGUCCUAGUGAUUUCUGUUAGUAUCAAUACAUUUUUAAUUAUUCAAGAUUGUUUUAUAAGUAUGCGUAAUGUAAAAUGUGUUAUAAAACCAUGUAGUGUGUGUAAAUUCUAUUCUCAAAAAUGCUGGGUUAUUUCGAAGGCAGGAAUACUAUUGAAUUUUAUUUCAGUACUUUUUUUUUAAUAUUUAUUCAUCUAAUACAUUUAUAUUGCCACAUUGUUUUUUUUUUUUUUAAUAACUUGUAUUUAAUGGAAAUUAUGUACUUGUUGACUGAACCAUCGAAAUACAAUUAAUACUGUAAAAAUCUAUAUGUUAUAGUUAAUGUUGUAUGUUAUUGAAUUAUUAUAAACAUAAAUCAUUGUAGUCAUUAAUUAUUAUUGUUGUAAUUUUUAAACAAAAAAUAGUACGAUUAUUAAAUUAUUAUCUAUAUUGUUCUUUUUUAUUCAAAUGUUUGUUUCUUUUAUUAACUUUAUAUGUCGACAAUCAUUUUUGAAACGGAAUGUCCUUUCAAUAGAAGUCUUUAAUGAUGGAAUCAUUGGAUCAGUUAACUAUAAAUAAUUUAGAAGUCAUGGAUGUAGAUAGAGAUUCUAUUAAUAGUAGUGUAAUGAACAUUGACAGGAACAAAAUUGAAGCUAUUCCUAAAACUAAUCAACCUAUAGAAUUGCAAGAUCUAACGGGUUUAACUGUUUAUGAUGUGAAUCAUUUUGAACAAGAAGUUUUACAACAAGUUACCAAUGAUGUAUUGGAUAGUAAAACUGUUUUUAACACUGGUGAGGUUCCUACAAUAACCUUAGGAGCUUUGGGAAUUGAAGAAACUGAAUAUGAACGUAAAAUUAGGACAGGAGAAAUGACACCAUUUGGUUCAACAGAUGUUUCACAAAAAAAGUCUAAAAGCUCUGAAGAUAUGUUGGAAAAGUAUUUGGUAUCUCAAUCUAAACUUUCAUCAAUGAUUCACAAACCUAAAAUUAAAUCAUCCAUUACAAAAAAAGAAUUGAAAAUAAAUAUAGAAAGAAAAGAACCAAAGUCAAAAGAAUCGGGGAGUGAAUAUUUUCCAUCAACAGAUUCUGAAAAUGAAUCAUCUACCCCGGUUAAAAUUAAAAAUAAAAAACGAUCAAAUUAUCACAAAAAAAUAUGUAAUCAAUAUUCAGAUGACGAUUAUAAUGAUGGUUCUGAUGAUGAGUAUUUCGAACCUAGACGUUGUUCAAGUCAGUACAAAUCAUCUGAUGAUGGAAUAGAAGAAAACUAUGAGUAUCGAUUGAGAGAGUACGAAAAGAAUAAUCCUGAAAUAGCCACUGAUAAUGAAGAUAUAUUUCACGCUAUUGAUGGAGAUUAUUUUAAAGUGCCAAAAGAAAUUUGGGAAAAAUUAUACAAAUACCAAAAAAUUGGCAUAAAAUGGUUAUGGGAAUUACAUCAACAAGGUUCUGGUGGUAUAUUAGGAGAUGAAAUGGGAUUAGGCAAAACCAUACAAAUGAUUGUGUUUUUUGGUGCUCUGUAUUGGAGUCGUUUAAAAGAUAAAAUAACUGGUAUACGUGGCUUAGGCCCUAGUUUAAUUGUUUGUCCUGCAACUUUAAUGCAUCAGUGGGUUGACGAAUUCCAUAAAUGGUGUCCACCUAUACGUGUUGUUGUUUUACAUGAAACUGGAGCUUAUAAAGGAAAACCAGGGGACUUAAUUAAAGAAGUAUGGUCUAGUAAAGGAGUUUUAAUUACCACUUAUAAUGGUUUGCUCCAACAUAUCAAUAAUUUGUUAAAAAAUAAUUGGCACUAUGUUAUUUUAGACGAAGGACAUAAAAUUAGAAACCCUGAUUCUAAAAUAACUGUAGCGGCAAAACAAUUGAAAUCUAGUCAUAGAAUCAUUAUAUCUGGUUCACCCAUUCAAAACCAUUUGAAGGAAUUAUGGUCGCUGUUUGAUUUUAUUUUUCCUAGCAAACUUGGGACUUUACCUGCAUUUAUUAAAAGCUUUGCUGUACCAAUUACUCACGGAGGUUAUGCAAAUGCUACUGAAUUACAAAUAACUACAGCUUAUAAAUGUGCCACAAUACUUAAAGACACAAUAAGUCCAUAUCUUUUAAGACGUAUGAAAGCUGAUAUUCAAUCACAUAUAUCUCUACCAGACAAAAAUGAGCAAGUACUGUUUUGUCGUUUAACCGAAGAACAAAAAACAAUGUAUCGAGGAUAUCUUGAACAUUCAGAUAUAAUAUCUGAAAUAAUGAAUGGAAGUUGUAAAGUCUUUGUUGGCAUAUCUCGAUUAAGGACAAUCUGCAACCACCCUGAUAUUUUCCAGACCAAUUUAGAAACUGGGGCUUUUGGUUAUUGGAAAAAAUCUGGUAAAAUGAUUGUAGUUGAAGCUUUAUUAAAGAUGUGGAAAAAACAAGGUCAUCGGGUGCUGCUCUUUACUCAAAGUGUAAAAAUGCUUAACAUUUUUCAAAAAUUUAUUAUUGAGCAAAAUUACUCAUAUUUGAAACUAGAAGGAGCAACAUCCAUUGGUUCCCGUCAACCUAUUAUUAACAAAUUCAAUAAAGACCCUUCUAUAUUUGUUAUGAUUUUGACUACAAAAGUUGGUGGAUUAGGCGUUAACCUUAUUGGAGCUGAUCGUGUGAUUAUAUUUGAUCCAGAUUGGAAUCCAGCCACUGAUUUACAAGCUAGAGAAAGAGCUUGGAGAAUUGGACAGACAAAUUCAGUCACUAUUUAUAGAUUACUUACUGCUGGAACUAUAGAAGAAAAGAUAUAUCAUCGUCAGAUCUUCAAACAGUUUUUAAGCAAUAAAGUAUUAGUAGAUCCUAAACAACGGCGCUUUUUCAAGUCAAAUUAUUUGUAUGAACUUUUCACACUUCAAGAUGUGGAUGAUAAUGGUGUGGUAGAAACAACAGAUUUAUUUGCUGGAACAGGCUCGGAAAUCAAUUUAAAAAAAAUGAUAACAGCUCGGCGUGAAAGAAAAAAGUCUAAAAAAAAAUCUUCAACCUGUUCAUUUUCUGAUGACAAAAUCGAAGCUAUGAAACAAAAAGCACGAGAACUUAGUAAAAUGAUUGGUCAAAAUUCAAAAACAGUUAUAAAUCAACAAAGAACACCAUCAGAAAUGUGUAUUAAUAGUGAACAUUGUGCUGAUGCUGAUAUUAUUAACCCAACUCAAAAGGAUACUGAAACAUCUAAAAAUAAUGAUAAACCUUUUACUUUUGCGAAUAAUGAGAGUUUAAAUAUUCCAUCUUGUAGCAAAAGUGCAAUAGAAAAUACAUCACCUGAAAUGAUACAAGCACCAAACCCUGCCUUUAAAAGAACAAAAAGUAAAUAUUUGCAUUCCAAACACAAAAAACCUAAAAUACCAUAUUUAGUGAAAUGUGAUGUUUAUCAAGAAGAACAUUUUGAUGAUCUUACAUCCAAAAAACAAGAUGAUUACGUUCUUGAAAAGUUAUUCAACAAAUCAGGUGUAAAAGCAGCGAUGAGGCAUGAUAAAAUUAUGGAAUCUUCAAAAUCUGAUUAUGUUAUAAUUGAAAACGAAGCUCAAAAAUUAGCGAAAAAAGCAAUCGAAGAUCUUGAAGCAUCCCGUGCUCAGUGUUGGGAGUCAGGAUCUGGUAGGUUAAACUGGACUGGCAAUCAAGGAACAGUUAGACCUAAAUUAUUUAACAAUACAGAAACUAAUGAUGAAUCAAGUAGUCCAUCAAUACUUUCCUUAAUGAAAAAGCGUAAUGGCUUCGUUGAAGCCACACAACGAGAAAUUCAGAUGUUAAACAGUAUUAGAGAAUAUUUGUUAGAUAACAAUCAAAGUGUGAAUACUGAUCAAAUAGUAAACCAAUUCAGAAAUAAAUACUCAGCUGAAGAUACACCACUCUUCAAGUCAUUGUUAAGUGAAGUUUGCACAUUCAACAGGUGCCCUGAUAAAACUGGUGUUUGGACAUUGAAACCAAAAUAUUGUUAAGCCAUUAAAAUUAAGUACAAACAAUAUUUAUUUUACUAUUAAAGUAUACCAAAACAAACAAUUUUUAACUGUUACUUUGUUAUAUAUUUAUUUUAAUUACCUAUCCUCGCACGUUUACUUUUUCAAAAUUUGUUUGAGGAUAAUUAUUUUAUUCAAUGUGUCAUUAUUUAGGUACUUAAAUUAAUGAUAUAAUCAUGGUAUAAUCGACUGUCUAAUAUGUACAGUAAUACUGUACCUUGCAAUAUUUGUAACAAUGUCAAUUCAAGUUUAUUAAAUAAUUUAGGUACCUUAUUAGUAUGUAUUAAUUUUAAGAUACUAUUGCUAGAUUUCAUGAACAAUCACUGAACAUUUAUUGAACUAAUAGUGAGCUAAUGGUUCCUUAAACAUUAUUUAGUGGCCCAUGAUUGGUCCAUUAAAUGAAUCAAUUUGUCAUGCAACUCGACAUAUAUUAUAUUGUUAAAUAUAUUACAUUUUAUUAGCAUUUUUUUUAAAUAUAAUGUAAAUUAUUAUUAUAAAUUAGUAUGAAAUAAAUAAAAGUUUUAUUGUUAAACAUAUUUUUCUUAAUUCAUAUUAAAUAUAAACUAUAUUUUGUAGAGUUAAUUGGGUAUUGAUUUUUUAUGUUAAGUCGAAUAUCAAUUUUUUCGAGUUGUGUCUCGGUCGAAACUAUUCAAGUACUUGAGAAUUGUCAAGUAACCUAACUCAUUAAACUUAAGUAAAUUACUACAAUAAUAAUAUGUUGAUAAGCUGAGAAUCUAUAAUGAUUUUUAUUA